AUGGAUUCUCUCAUGAACGAAGUACCCAACUGCAUCAAGGGUCAGUCCUACAACAUGGGUAAAAGAGUGCUUGCCAAGCUCUCGAAAAAGAGCAAACCACGAAAUGGCAAGGUGAUUCAAGAAAUGGUACAACAACAAGUCGACCAUGGAAUCGAUGAAGACCGCAGUGCAUUUGAUGACAUGACCAUCAUGUCACAAGAGUCGGGUAACUCUUCUUCUUUGCCACCACAAUCUCGAUCUUCAUUCAGAAAUGGAAACCUUGAUUCCAAUGAAGAGCCACCAGUCUGGGUAAUGAACAGCCCAACCGGUCGUGGUCGUGAAGAGAGAGUUUGCUGGAACGAUGUCUCGCAAAGGCAACGCGUGUUCGUGUUCGAUGGGGUUUUUGCAUGA